AUGUGGUUAGGAUCGUCUACGGGUACUACUGGCUCUGACUAUGUUGAAGAAGCUUCGCAUUAUGCGGACACAUGCAACGUUGUCAUUUUUGGAGAAGCGGGAGCUGGCAAAAGCUCCUUAGUCAAUUUGAUCACUAGGUCAGAAACGGCACCGACAUCCUGCGACUCUGUGGGAUGUACAAUUGAAACCAAAGUGUACGAGCACAACGUUGUCAUUCAGAACCAGAUCUUGAAGGUAAAGCUUUUCGAUACACCAGGUCUUGAUGAGGGCUCUGAGGGCGCAGUCCCCGACGAGGCAGCUCGGAGAGGUUUGAAGAAGCUUCUUCGAAAACAUAUGGAGCAAGAUGAAAUUCAUCUCCUCAUGUACUGUGUACAGGGCACGAAAGGGAUCAAGGGCGCUCUGCCGCAACUAUAA